AAGAAACUUAUCAUCGGUGAUGAGUCCAAACAUAACUUCCAGAAUUUUACCCAAAAGAAAACCCCUUCAUAGAUUCGCACUGUGUGUCCUUAUAGUGUUUUCCAUUUUGUAUCUUUGCUAUACAAAAUCUAAUUCCCAAUUCCCUGCACUGUACAAGAUUUCAGCCUCAGAAGAUCCUCAAUGCUCACGCCAAGCCCUAGCAAUUGGGGAGAAAUUCAUGUGGUACGCACCUCACAGUGGUUUCAGCAACCAGCUUUCGGAGUUCAAGAAUGCAAUUCUAAUGGCAGUUAUACUCAAUCGAACUUUGGUGGUUCCUCCAAUUCUUGAUCAUCAUGCUGUUGCCCUUGGUAGCUGCCCAAAGUUUAGGGUUUUGGAUCCGAAGGAAAUUCGAAUUUUGGUGUGGGAUCAUGUGAUUGAGCUCAUUAGGAGUGGACGCUAUAUCUCCAUUGCUGAAAUUGUUGACAUAUCAUCGAUUGUUUCGUCCUCUUUUGUUCGCGUGAUUGAUCUUAGGGAUUUUGUGUCAAUAUGGUGUGGUAUAAGUUUAGAUAUGGCUUGUUUAGAAGAUACGAAGUUGAGCUCUUCGAUUUUUAGAAGCUUAAAGCAAUGUGGAUCUUUGCUAUCUGGGCUUAAUGGGAGUAUUGGAAACUGUUUAUAUGCUGUUAAUGAAGAUUGCCGAACUACGGUGUGGACUUAUCAUGAAGAUGGUCAUGAGGAUGGCAUGUUAGAUUCAUUUCAACCUGAUCAACAAUUGAAGCAGAAAAAGAAAAUAUCUUAUGUUAGGAGACGCAAAGACGUGUUUAAGACUCUUGGACUGGGUUCUGAAGUUGAAUCAGCCUCGCUCCUUGCGUUUGGAAGCCUUUUCUCUGCCCCUUACAAAGGUUCUCAAUUAUAUGUUGAUAUGCUUCAAGACCAGAAGCUUGAAGCUUUGAUGGAGAAGAUUAAGUUUCUUCCAUUUGUCCCUGAAAUUAUGACUGCUGGAAAGGAGUUUGCUAAAGCCACCAUAAAGGCUCCGUUUCUUUGUGCGCAACUUAGACUGUUGGAUGGGCAGUUUAAGAAUCAUCAGAAGGCUACAUUUGAUGGGUUAAGACAAAAAUUAGAAUCUUUGAGGCAGAAGGGUCCUCUACCUAUACAUGUUUUUGUGAUGACUGAUCUUCCUAGAGAUAAUUGGAGUGAAACUUACUUGGGUGAUUUGAUAAGUGAUGCACAUAACUACAAGGUGUAUUUCUUCAGAGAGGAUGAUGACUUGUUUAGGCGAGCAGCAAUAAAACUCGUGGCAGCUGGUCAUGGACAGAGGUUCGCUUCAAAUUUGGAUAAUACAAGUGGGAGAAAAUAUUGUUCCACUCAGAAAUUACCGAAUCUGCUUCUUUAUGUUGAGCAGACUGUAUGCAGCUGUGCCUCUCUUGGUUUUGUUGGUACUCCUGGGUCGACUAUUGCGGAAAAUAUAGAACUCAUGAGAAAAUUUGCCUCAAGUUCUGGGCAAUGUUGAUGAUGGCU